AUGUCCAACGAACAAAUCUUGGCGGAAGUUGCGGCGACGAAGAAAAUGUUGUACUCGUUGAGAGUGAAACAAUCGACGAGAAAGGCGUUUAAAGGACAUCACUUUGACAUUUUGAGAAAGAAGGUUGCGCAGUUGUACACGGUUCGACGACAAAGAGAGGUGGCGGAAGGCGUUUCCAAGAGAGACUCUAGAGAAAUUAUGAGACAAGAGAGGAAAACGAACAUGUACAUUUAA